UGAAUGUAAAUGUAAAACACAUUCACUUUUCAGUUCUCAAUACAGUUUGCAUUGCAUUUGAUUUAGUGUUGAAUUUUCAUCAAAACAUGUAUUGAUUGCGUAAAGCAUUUGUUGCCAAACAAUCGUUGAUUCAGUUUUCAAUCAAUUAUUAUCUUUAAUAGCAAUCAAAUACCUCUCAAAUCCAUUGACCUCUCGAUUCAAUUGAAUAUAUUGUAUACAAAAGCGAUUACUCGAUCGGAUCCGGAAGAAUAUGUUUAAUGCUUUGACCCGAAGAGUGGUUCAAGACUUGAGACAAUCGCCGGCUAAGCGUUUAUAUCACGAAAAGGUCAUCGAUCACUACGAGAACCCGCGAAACGUCGGCUCUUUCGAGAAGGGCGAGGAGCGGGUGGGCACAGGUCUGGUCGGCGCCCCCGCCUGUGGCGAUGUCAUGAAAUUGCAGAUCAAAGUGGACACA